AUGGUCGCCGCUAAGAAGCACGUCCCGAUCGUCAAGAAGCACACCAAGCGCUUCAACCGUCACCAGUCGGACCGCUUCAAGUGCGUUGACCCAUCAUGGCGCAAGCCCAAGGGUAUCGACAACGCCGUCCGCAGGCGGUUCAAGGGCCGAGCUGCUAUGCCUAAGAUCGGAUACGGCUCCAACAAGAAGACCCGCCACAUGAUGCCCAGCGGCCACAAGGCUUUUCUAACGACCUCAGUCGCCGAUGUUGACCUUCUCCUCAUGCACAACAGCACCUUCGCCGCAGAGAUCGCCCACGCCGUAUCAGCACGAAAGCGCAUCGACAUCAUUGCCCGCGCGAAGCAACUCGGUGUCAAGGUCACCAACGGCAAGGCCCGCGUCAAGACCGAGUCGUAG